UAAUGCCUUCAUGUUUUAGCAGAGUGUGGCUGGCUUUUAUCUGUUUUUUAAGUAUUUUCUUCUCCUCUUUACUCCUUCUGACUCCCUUCACGUUGUUUUCCAAAUCAGGGUCCAUGUUCCGUCGCUGAACCCCGUCCGGGUACAACAAGUAUAGCACGCGAAACAGUUCCGGAUGCAUGUGCUCGGGCUGUAUCGCCACCUGUCCUCUUUUUCGUUGAGAUUACUGCAUGUAUAUCAACUAUGGAGGUUUAGAAUGAGAUUACAGCUUCGUAUUGACUGCACUGGCUCUGAUUUGUCUCAAUGUCUAAUUUAGCCACAACCGUUACGAAUGUGUGUCUGACAGUUUGUUAAGAAAUUAUUCUCCCUCUGGCAGCCAGUAAUAAAUAAAUUCAACUUUGACACAAAGGAAGCCAUGGGUGCGUUUACUUCUUAUUUUCUAUCACACAUUUCUUUACAGUGGUCAGCUGGCUGGACAUCCAACACUCUUAGACUGAAGACCACAGCAUCAUGCUUUGCACUGAAAAAAUUAAAGGUCCAGGACACAAGUCCAAAAAAAAGGAGCACAUCACCCUCCUAGAAAUCUCCUGCACCCUUCCUACUUGUCUCCUUCUUCCCUCUCCUCCUUGGCCUCCAUCUGAUUCUUCUUGAGAUCCCACCAUGGACCGCUCAGUGAAGGAGCUUUUCCUCAACUUCAUGAUCGUCUUAAUCACCGUGCUGCUGAUGUGGCUGCUGGUAAAAACGUACCAGGAUUGAAACCAUGGAGCAACAAGAGAGGGAAUGGGGGGAACCUAGCACAGUUAUUUUAGGACAUUGCUGCACAUAGUUCCUUCUACAGGCACAGUGUUUACAUCUCAUUUUCCUGCCAGUUUAUGUUCACUUGUGUAGAUGAGAGUGCUCAUAUUCAAGCAAUGCCAAAACUAUGUGAGUUGUCUCAACCAGCUUGGUGAAAAACCAGCCUUGGAUCUGACAUUGUGUUCAGAGAUGUUUUCAAAUGUGGGCUUAAAUUUUGGCAAGAGUUUUUGUGGAAGUUAGUGUAGAGAUUGGGGGUGAGGCCCCACAUUUCCUCCUACAGUGAUGGAUAGAAAGCACUAAAUCAUCUCUGUAGAUGCUGGUGUGAACAGUAACCCAUGUCUCUGUCAGUCUUGUGACUGUUCUAUUUUAAGAAAUGAAUUUUAUAAAUGGUGACUCUGUGUUCAGUGAAAGAAAAAGACAUCAAGACACAUUUUGAAGCCUCAUGUUUAUGUUCACUUUCUGUCA